GCUAUUCCGCCGAGAAACCCUACCAGGAUUAAAACAGACGAAGAAGAAGCCUGCAGCUGUUAGCUGAACUAUAUUAAUGGCAGCGAACGACAGAUAGCAGCUUUUUAUCUGUUGAAACAGCAUUGAAAAGCGCAUUUUAACGAACCGCUAAUGAUUUGGAUCAGAUUGGUACGUUUCUCUCCGCACUGAGAGGCUAACCACGACAAGGAGGCGAUGAACUUCCAGGGCAGUCGGAGGCGAGGGGAAGAUGGCGUCGCCAUGGUGAUCGACUUUCUCCUGUCUAACGCUCGGCUGGUCCUGGGCGUCGGAGGAGCUGCUUUGCUGGGCAUCGCUACGUUGGCGGUGAAACGGCUGAUAGAGCGCGCAGGCCGCGCAGCGGACGACGAAAAGGUGGAGCAGAAGAUGGCUGAGAGCUGGGAGGAGCUGAGUCUGGUCUCGGCUUCCCCGACGCUCCUCAGGAAGGGCAUAGAGGGCGUUGUGAUGAAGCAUGUUGCCAAAGCGACCAGGCAGCAGAAGGAUGCUCUUUCUCAAUCAGCUGAUCUCUGCCAACAACCUCAGACGUCGCCUCUGGAGGUGCAGCCCAAACCCGAGUCAAAGUCCAAGAGGCUCCAGCUGUGCGUCCUCAGUUUGCAGGAGCGUCUGCAGCAGUACUAUCACACAAGGGCUGCGCUCGCUCCCCUGGAGGUCCAGAGGGCUCAGUCUCUGGCUCUGGACAUCUGCACCGAGAUCCAGGCCUUCAUGCACAGCCGUCACCCGGACAUGCCGCUGGGAGAAAUGAGCCUCGGAGGCUCUUUACUCGACGACCUGCAGGUGGUCAGCGCGGACCACGCCUGUCUGAUGGUGCCUCUGCAGCUGGAAGCUUCUCUGUGGCGUCUCAUCCCAGGAGAGGAGACGCUGCUCACGCACCCUCUGCACUGGAUGGUCCGCCGGGUCAAUCUGGAGUAUUUCCCCAGAGGACGCAGUUACUGGGACAGGUACUUGGUGGGAGGUUAUCUGUCUGCAGAAGCUGUGGUGAACAUGUUCAGUAAGGCCAUCAUGGAAAGUAUGAAUUGGCUGUCAAUCAGCAGCACCUUGGACUGCCUCGUCAGACCUGUCCCCGGAGGACCGGACCUGAGACUGGAGAUCCGGCCUGACGAUGAAAAAGGAGCCAUGUGCAGCGACCAGCCCCUGUUCGUGACCGUCCUGCCUCUGCUGAGGGAGGGCGACGUGGUCCUGACCGCCCAGACUGAGCUCACCUCUCCCUGGGUGAACGCCUGGCACCUCUCCCUCUACCCGUGGGAGAACCAGCGCCUGUCUCAACUCGACGAAGCCGACGGCGGCUGCCGCAGACACGCUCUGAAGAUCCUGAAGGCGGCGUGCAGACUGAACCCGGCCCUGCGACCGCUCGAAGCCGCGCCGCUGGCCAACCUCAUCCUGCACCUCAGCGACGGCGAGGGCGACUGGUCUGAGAGCAGCCUGGACGUCCGGUUCCAGCAGUGCAUCACGGAGCUGAUCGGCUACCUCGAACAAGGGGCGCUGCACAGUUACUUCAAACCCGCUGUCAAUCUGCUGAGCAGCUUGUCAGAGGACCAGGUGGACCAGAUGGGCUUCAUGCUUUACUGCGCCGUGUCGGAGCCUGAAAUACUCCUCAUUUAACUCAUCUCAGCUCCGUGGAGUCAUCUUAUCAUCCAUUACGUCUGGUUCAACCUCCUCGUUUGACUGAGUCUGACGCAAAGAGACGGUCGAUCUGAGAGUAGAUAAUCAAGCUGGAGACGUCGCAAUGUGCCAAGGAAAAGAGCCGACGAUUGAAAGAGUGCUUCAGGAUGUGCGUCUGCCACCGACCCUCGUUUCAAAUUCGUGUGAUUCCGUUUCACCUUUAGUCUGCGACGAUCAUCUCGGCCAUCAGCAGUUCAGUGAACAGCAGCAGAGUGGUAGAGGUUGUGGCUUAAAUGCUUACCUUUGUUGUAUCCUUUAAUUGAUGCUGUGUGCUCUCCGCCAUCUUCCUAUAUCUACUCACUAAUCGGGACAAUAAUAACGACCCGCUGAGAAUCACCGGGCCGCACUAAACUAUUCGGUUUGUCUGAGGUGGUUAUUUAACUUGGCAUGUGUGUUUUAUUAUACUGGAGGCUGAGGCGUUGAAUCAUCUUUGUUGGUCUUGUUACGUGUACAUUUUGUUGCCAAUAUAUCUGGGUAAACUAAUCCUUUAAAUUACCUGAGAAUUUAAUGCACUUGCUUUUAAAUGCCGUAUGAAUGUCGUGGACACGUUUCAGCUAUAAUUCGCGUCGGGUGUAAGAGAAACGCAAUUUCUGUGAUUGAGCAGUGAAACUACAAACAUAAAUAAAGCACUUGUUUAGAUU